CAAACCAACAAUUGCAAACUACACCUUCAAUUUAAGCGACGACGAUCCUGUCAAUGGAAUCACCAAAACUGCAUUGAAACCAACAAAGAAAAAUUUAACAGACUGGCCGCCCGUACCUCAUAGAUCUGAAUCAGCCCGUGUUACCACAGCAGCAAGAGCAGAGACGGAACGGCGGCAUAGCAUCCAACAUCCUUCCCUAUCGCCAACAAGACGAAGCACACGACCUCCGUCCUUAUCCCGUCAACGACCCUUAUCCAUGUAUGAUGGCAAUGCCUUGUUUACAAAAUCUGCCGAACCAGCACCAUCAACAUCAACACGGUUACAUAUCUCGCCGUUCAAAUCAGCCACACUCUCUUCUUCCUCGCAACAUUCUUCUACAAUCAUUACGUUCAGCAAAAGGCGAAAGCGAGAAGAGCACAAAAUCUAACAUUACACGUCGUUUCUCCUCCAGCUUCGAUUACAGACAUACUGAUCGCUAUUAUCACAGUGCACCUUCCGCAAAUUGUGAGAUGCAAUCGCCCUUAUCAACCAAGACACGUAGCCGAAGGUCAUAUUCUCUUGCAAAAAGACCAUCAAACACUACUUCAUCAGAUCAGGACGAAGAGCUCGAAGACUUUGUACGCUCUUUCAAUCUUCGGCAAACACCUGGAUUUCAAAGCAAAAUGAUAAACGAAGAAGAAAGCAGUGAUGUCAUAUAUGGACCAUCGUUAGAUAUCUCUGCUUCUUCAUUUUACCGAUCCAAGAAAGCUUUAGUUCAUUUUCAGAACUUGCGAGGCGUACACGACUCCUUAUCGCAAUCUAUAAUAUCAAGUACUAUCUUACCCCCUCUUUCCUCCUCUCUUGAACAGCAACAGCAACAGCAGCAAUCAAUUACCACGGCUAGUCAAGCUACUGGUGUACUGUCGGCUAGCAAAGAUCAAUUACCACGGGCAUCCAAUAGUGACAUUAGCGCUAGCAGUAAUAGCAGCUUAUUAUCAACAUCUCAAUCCCGAGGAUCUCCUUUGGGCCGACUGUACCAGCCUCGAGCUCCAUCACCGCUGCAUACCGAGCAAUCGCCGUUACCAACAACAGGAUCUAUACCAGUACGGAUACCAGAAAGAAAGCACCAACAUACCGAUAACAACAUGGCUGAUACCACCAGCUCAAACGAGCAUCAUCACGAUCUAUAUCCACCUUUUAUGCAGCGUAACAAAGGAUUUAGUGACGACGAUAACAAUUUAUCAACUCCAAUCAAAGAUACCUCCCAAUCGUCGCAUGAGCCGCAUCAACAGCAGAAACAGCUACCAAAAGACAUGCCCAAAUACCGCCAAUUUCGUCGCAGCACCCAGUUGUCGAUAAAUACAGAAUCAACAAGCAGUAGUAGCGGUGGAUUCGAAAGGGAAGAGGACGAACAGCCAAAUUCUGCUGCUGCACAGGAUGAAGAUGAUGACUCUCUUGUAUUUAAGAUGAGUGAACUCGGAAUACACGAGCACCAUAGCAAAUAGAUAGAGAGGAAAAAGAAGAUCCAAAAGCCAAAGUUUUUCUCGUUUUCCUUAU